GCGGCACGGCGACGCACGCACGCGGCCACGCUCCGACUGGCCACUCAUAUACAUAUUAUUUUUGCGAGUGUCUCUGCCGGUCUUGUUUGUUUUUCAUUAUUAAUUUUUUUCCGGCCGCGCGCGUUCUCUCUUCGGUGUUCCGUCCUCUCUCGUGCCAUUCCGCCCCGCGAAUCCACCCCGCAGUGCGUCGCCAUGCCGGGCGGUGCCCCCGGCGGUGCCGACCCCAGGUCCCGCUCCCGGGUGCUGCCCUGAGGCCCUAGGCUGCGAUAGCUUCAGCCCUGGACCCGCCCCCACCCCGGCCCAGGAGGGUGCAGCCGGCGCAGCCCGGAUCGCGUGAACGAAGUGAGCGCAUACGGGUGCCAGGCCCGCCAGUGAACAUGGGAUUACAUCAGUCUGCUUAAAGGAAGGACGACAACCGCCAAAAGAAAGAUGCGCCUACCCGCGGCGCCCGGCCCGUCGUCGUGCGCCGCCCUGAGGCUGCUGCUGCUGACGCUGCUGCUCCUGCUCGCCGCCGUGGACACGGUCGCCCCGCACGGCUCGGACCUGCACAGCCCCGCUCGUCUGAGAACGGCGCUGUCACCGGAGGGUCUGGGCCUGCGACCUGGAGGCGGCCCCGGGACACUGGGUGGCCAGGCGCACGCUGGCGGCGCGGUGCCCGCCCUGCAGGAGCGCCCCGACCGCCUGUACGACCCGCAGCCCGGGGACCUCAACGCCACGCUGCUUCGCGCCAAGCUGGGCCGGCACUUUGACCCUCGCGUGAUGAGCGUCCAGCGACCCAGCGCCGCCAAGCGCCAGCACAGUCAGCACAAAGUCAGGUACAACGACCUGCUGGAUGCCGACGCGGAUUCCCGGCUGCUCGACGACGACCAGGUGGAGCUGGACGAGGAUUCGCCGUUCCGCCGUAACAUGCGGGGCCGCCUCGUCCCCGCCGGGGAGAUGCCCGAGUCCAUCGCCAACCUCGACCUGCGCGGCGUCCGCCUGCCGGACGGCUCGCGCCUCCGGACCCGGAUCUCACCCCGGCUACGCCGCAAGCUGCAGCACUUCCUGUGGGCCUACACGGCCUGCCCCGUGCAGCGGCGCUGGCGGGACCUGGGCGUGCGCUUCUGGCCGCGCUGGCUGCGGGAGGGCCACUGCCCGCCCUCGCCGUGCUCCAUCCCGCCCGGCAUGCGCUGCAAGCCCGCCGCCACCCGUCACCAGGCCCUGCUGCGCUGGCACUGCCGGCCGCUGCCCACCCUCGUGCUGCAGCACGGCCUCGGCCAGCACGGCCUCGGCCAGCACGGCCUCGGCCAGCACGGCCUCGGCCAGCACGGCCUCGGCCAGCACGGCCUCGGCCAGCACGGCCAGCGCGGCCUUGGGGACGAGCGGCAGGAGCAGCAGGCGCCCGGGCACGCCCUAGAACAAACGGCCACCCGGCACUGCACCUGGAUCAAGGUGGAGUACCCCAUCAUCACCGAGUGCUCCUGUGGCUGCGCUGAGGACCGCUACUCGUAGCAUCCCCGUGCCGUCUGGCCAUCGCAGGGACAGUUCCUCGACCACCCCAGGAUGCUGUUGGUGCCGUUGGCGGCCAGCGAAGACCGCAGGAGCCGUGGCGGGCUCAUCAGCCAGACGUCUGCCAGUGCCAGGAAGAACGUUCUCACCUUCCCUCAAAUCGGCCAACGAGGAAACUCCUCCGCUGUACCGUUAUGACUGCCAAUGGUUCUUUGACCCACGCCUCGGCGAGGCACUUCCCUACGUGGGCCGGUGCAGCAGUGAUGAGGAUAGUAGGUUUGUUUGUCUCUCUUGCAUUUCAAGCGGGAAAUACUCGUCAGAGGUACUCAUUCAAAAGACGGAAACAGACGCUGGAGGCAGAUUACAAGGAAUGCCUAGCAGCAAGCGUUACCUGAUUAACUGAGGGUGAAAAAGAUAUGCAGGCCUGUAUUUUUAUUUAAAUAAAAUUGGUGCGCCUGACAUGAGUGAGAGUUAAUGUGCAUGUGUGUGUGUGUGUGUGUGUGUGUGAAUAAGUAUAUCGUAUCAUUGCAAGUCACAAACAAAUGUAUUUAUAGUCCUGUCUUGUUCCAUUAAUGAAUGCAACAUUUGUGACAGAGCCAAACAUUCCUUUAUUAGUAUUAAGAUUUGAUGUACAGUUAGCUUUAAAUAUAGAUAACAGUUCUUUUCUAUUUAUUGUCAUCAUCAAAAGAUGCGAUUUUCUCUAUAAAUGCUUACUCUUUGUUUCAUUUAGAAUUUUGAUUCCUGAUGACAUUGACUGAUUUGUAUUGUGGCAGACUGGGUGGGAAAAGAUGUGAUGCUCUUUUUGUUUAAGAAUGAAGACAAAAAGUGAUAAAUUAAUACUAAUGUUAAUUAUAUAACAAGGUCUGAUUUUGUAUUGACACUGAAGGCAUGAGCAUAGUAAGAGAUAUCAGGAUUCUCUUAAUGUUGAAAUAUUCCUUACAACUUGUUUUGUGCAUUGUACACGCCAAAAAUUGAACUUUUAAGUCAUACACCUCAGUUCUGGAAAAUAUUUUUGAAACUAGUGAGACCAAAAUGCAAGGAAAAGUAAGAUGCAACCUAGAUUGCACUAUAAAUAAAAUCUGAAAGACAAA